UUCACCAACUUGUACCGAAGUUAUAAAAUCCAGACAGAAAAGCCUGGAACCUAUUAUCCUCUUGUCUUUAGUGACACUAUGGGUAUUGAGAAGGGCUCUGGGAGAGGAGUUGAUGUGGAAAAUAUCAAACUGAUCCUGAAAGGACACAUCAAAGAAGGAUUCAAGCUCCUUCCUGGCAGUAAACCAACUGGAUCCUACUACAUUGAUACUCCGACCAUCAAUGACAAAGGUCAUGUUCUGGUUUGUGUUGUUUCUGCCAACGCAGUAAACCGGAUAGAUGACGAGACUGUUCGCAAGAUAAAGGAGAUCAGAGAAGAAGCCCGGGAAUUGGGAGUCCAACUUGUAGCAGUCCUCACUAAAGUUGAUGAAGCCUGUCCUGAAGUCCAAAAUGAUUUGAAGAACGUCUACAAGAGCAAGUACAUCAAAAACCAGAUGGAAACAGUGACUAAUGUCCUCGGCAUUCCGAUGAACUGCGUCUUCCCGGUGAAGAACUACACCUCAGAAAUCAAAACGGAUGAUGUGAUGGACGCAGUGAUACUGUGCGCAAUGAGAAAGAUCAUUGACUUCGGAGAAGACUUCUUGAAUGACACCCCACCUGAUCCUCCGACUCCUCCACCAGCUGCGACUUUGCAGGAUCCAUGGAGAAAGAUCAAAUUUGGUGACAAAGCCCAGCAUGAGUUUGUUCAGAACUAUCAGCCUGAAAAACAAGGCCAGCAUAUCAGAGUUCUGCUGCAUGGACCACCAGGCUCUGGGAAAUCCAGUUUCAUUAACUCUGUCGACAGCGCUCUGCGAGGGAAAAUCACAACUCGAGCUUUGGUAGCCACUGGCUAUGAUGGCAGCUUUACCAAACAGCACAAAAUGUAUAAAAUCCAGAAAGAAAAGCGUGGAUCCUUUUAUCCAUUCAUCUUCAGUGACACCAUGGGCAUUGAGAAGAGCGACAAGGGAGGGGUACAUAUCAAAGACAUCAAACUGAUCUUAAAAGGAAAGAUCAAAGAAGGAUACACGAAUGCCAUAAAAAUACAAAUUAUUCAAAUAACCUGA